AAUGCACUUUAGUACAACAUUUUGUAGUGGAAAAAUAAUUGAAGAUAGAGUUGAUUUGCAAUUAAUCGUGUGAAACACCAUCUUUGACAAGGGCCUAAAUCCACCCGUAUGAAGUUUCUUAUCCAAAGUUGAAAUGAUUCUCCUACAUGUUUGGUGAGCAUAUUCCUUCUAGCAAAUUCUCAGGCAUUCUCAUUUUGAAUUGGCUAACUUUAUCUUCACUUUUGAAAUAAUAUUGAUGAUGAUAAGGUUUAAAACAAAGAAACAAGUUAUAUUAAUAUACUACUUAUGGGUGUGGUGGAGUACUAGUUUCUGUGUUAUAGCAGGAAAUGAUAGUUUGAAGGCAGGUGAAAGAAUGGUUGCCAACUCCACUCUAUGCUCUAAGCAAGGCAGGUAUUGUCUAUUAUUCGAACAACGAUCAGUAAUAUGGAAAUAUGAUAACAAUUAUAAUUGCUUGGUUAUAGAAAUUAAUACUAGUUUUGAUCGAGGAUCAGUAAUAUGGAAGUAUGAUAGUAACCAACCAAUUGAUAUUAGUUCAGCGGUUUUAUCUCUAAACUACUCCGGUGUGCUCAAAAUUGAAUUUCAAUAUAGGAAAGAAAUAAUCAUUUACUCUUCACCUCAACCUAUAAACAAUACUGUGGCUACUAUGCUAGACACAGGUAACUUUGUACUUGAACAACUUCACCCCAAUGGAACUAAGACUUUAUUGUGGCAGAGUUUUGAUUAUCCAUUUGAUGUUUUGGUCCCAACGAUGAAGUUAGGUGUUAACCGAAAAACUGGACAUAAUUGGUCUUUAGUUUCGUUGUUGACUCCUUUGCUGCCAACUUUGGGUGGAUUUAGUCUCGAAUGGGAACCAAAAGAAGGGGAAUUAAACAUUAAGAGACACGGGAAAGUGUAUUGGAAAGGCGGAAAACUUGGAAAUAAUGGAAUGUUCGAUAAUAUUCCAGCAAAUGUUCAACAAAAUUAUCAAUACGUUACUAUCUCUAACAAGGAUGAAGAUUCUUUCAGUUUCGAAAUUAAAGACCGGAAUUAUAAGAUGUCCCCAAAUUGGUUACUAUCCUCUACAGGGAGGCUAGCGAGUUCAAAAGGAGUGUUUGGAAAUGCAGAUGUUUGUUAUGGAUAUAAUAGUGAUAGAGGAUGCCAAAAAUGGGAGGAUAUACCAACUUGUAGGAAACCUGGUGAGGUGUUUGAGAGAAAGAGAGGCACACCCGUCGGUGACAAUAUUACCAUGGAAGACAACGUGAGUAUUGGUUACAAUGAUUGCAAGGUGAGUUGUUGGAGAAACUGUGAUUGCAAUGGAUUCCAAGAAUAUUCUGAUAAUGGAACUGGAUGUAUAUUUUAUUCAUGGAAUUCUACACAACAUGUUGAUUCGGAUAGUGUGAAAAACUUUUAUAUAUUGGAAAUGCCAGUAAAGUCAGACCCAAAUCACCAUGGUAAAAGAAGGUGGAUAUGGAUAAGUGCAGCAAUAGCAACUGCUUUACUCAUAAUAUGCUCACUCGUUCUAUGCAUAACAAUAAGGAAACACAAAUAUGGACUUAAAGAGAAGAAAGUUAAAAGAAAGGAGAAAGAGAUGCAAGAGUUGGCCGCUUCCAAUGAAUUAUAUAGUAUCAAAGAUCUUGAAGAUGAUUUUAAAGGACAUGAUAUAAAAGUUUUUAGCUAUGCAUCAAUUUUGGAAGCAACCGUGGAUUUUUCUGCUGAACACAAGUUAGGACAGGGAGGCUAUGGACCCGUUUAUAAGGGAAUCUUAGCCACUGGGAAAGAAGUUGCUGUAAAAAAACUUUCAAAAACUUCUAGGCAAGGAAUUAUUGAAUUCAAAAAUGAGUUGGUAUUGAUAUGUGAACUUCAACACACAAAUCUGGUUCAACUACUUGGUUGUUGUAUUCAUCGAGAAGAAAGGAUUAUAGUUUACGAAUAUAUGCCAAACAAAAGCUUGGAUUUCUAUCUAUUUGAUUCUACAAAAAAGAAGUUACUCGAUUGGAAGAAGCGCUUCAACAUUAUAGAAGGAAUUUCUCAGGCAUUGCUUUAUCUUCAUAAAUAUUCAAGACUAAAAAUCAUUCAUAGAGACUUGAAAGCUAGCAACAUUCUUCUUGAUGGGAAUAUGAAUCCGAAAAUUUCUGAUUUUGGCAUGGCAAAAAUGUUCACACAGCAGGAAUCUACAGUAAAUACAAACAGGAUUGUCGGGACAUAUGGAUACAUGUCUCCAAAAUAUGCUAUGGAAGGAAUUUGUUCUAUAAAGUCUGACGUCUAUAGCUUUGGAGUGUUGCUGUUAGAAAUUGUUAGUGGAAGAAAAAAUAAUAGCUUCUAUGAUGCUGAUCAUCCACUAAACCUAGUAGGACAUGCAUGGGAGCUAUGGAAUGAUGGGGAGUAUAUGCAGUUAAUAGAUCCAUCAUUAAGUGAUUCAAUUGUUCCUGAUGAAGCAAAAAGGUGCAUUCAUGUUGGUCUCUUAUGUGUAGAGCAAUAUGCAAAUGAUCGACCUACAAUGUCUGAUGUUAUAUCAAUGUUGGCAAACAACUAUGAACUUGUUACUUUACCAACAAGACCAGCAUUCUAUAUUAGAAGAGAGAUCUCCGAGGAUGAAACAACUCCAAAAGUUCUGGUUAGUGACACUGACACCUACUCUACAACUGCAAUUUCCUCUUCGGAAAUAAAAAGCAAUAAAUAAGUUUAUCUAGUAUAAAUUUAAGAUUGUGUGUACAAUAAAAACUAUAUAACUUUCCUUUCUUAAAUCAUCGACGAUUUUAUGUGAUUAUUUGUGUCUCUUUUCCCUUUCAAUUUCAUGUA